GACCCACACGAGUCAAGCACAAAAUGAUGCUCCGCGAUGUGCGGUGUCACCUCACCGGACAAAAAUGCGAGCCGCUACGAUCCGCUAGCACAAUCGGUGCCAUGAUCAGCGGGGCAGUGUCACGAAACCAGGUAGGGCGCUCCUGCGCGCGCUGCAGCUCACGCUAUGACUUUUCCGAAUUAUUCAUUCUGUAGACCGAAAUGGGGAGGACGGGUUUCAGUGCAUUGUUCAGGCACGUCCACGAUCUCCUUUGCUCGCCCGGCCAUCGUUCAGAAUGUUACCCCAGAGACUACAUAUCUCGCUGAGACAGCAGCCCAUACCUUCGCUCGGGAUUGUCCUAGCUGCAUUCCUGCUGGUUUUCGAGGUUCCUCUCGUCGUGAUUGGCGUCCUAAGAGGACAUGGCUGGAGCGCAGACGCGCCGAGUGCGCUUAGCCACCCAUCUAAGAGACCUUUCAGCUUCGCUCCAGCAUUCGACGGUCCGGUGGGAAUGCACAUAGACUUCACAACACAUUACCGGUUCGACACAGCCGAAGGCGCAGCGGAGUUCGCAGCGCUCCUGCCCUCCAGCGGACAUCUCGUGUACCUCGACGAGCCAACGGGCUCGCCGACGACCUCCGCCGGCCCAAAGGCGUACACGGUUACUCUGUUCCACCAGAUGAAAUGCCUGGACGUCGUUCGGGCGCAGUACGCUGAUCCGUCGGACGCGCGUCUCCCGCUCACCAACCAUUGCCUCAAUUAUCUGCGUCAGACCGUCCUCUGUCGGCCGAAUAUCAAGGUGGAACCAGCAGUCAACUCGGAGGGAACAGCAGUGAGGGGGUACGAUGCAGUGUGUAGGGAUUGGACGAGGGUAUACGAGGAGGCGGAAAGGAACGUAGGAGCGUACCGUGCCUGGGUUAACGCGACUGCAACCGAGGUAUGAAAUAUCGUCUUGUGUAGCAACCCAAGAGGGUGUUGUUUCGCUCGCAAGUGGCGUGCAGGCUCGCUUUCGCAAGCAAAACCGACCGGCCCCAUCCUGAGGACCUGAGCUGGUCUGUUGCCGUCUGGUAGUGGCUAGCAGUCAGUGAACGUCGAGAAUGCAAAUUAAGCUUCACUGCAC